UCUCCUCUCCUAUUAAUCAGAAUCGCGGAGUGCGAGCCAAUCAGAUACUUCCUCUGGCUUCAGAUCCGUGCCUGUCUGAGUUAAAAGUGAUGCUGAGGAGAGAGGCUCAGCUAUAUGCCUGAGGAUUCAGCGAUGAGGACACUAUAAAAAGAAAAGGCAGAGUGAGACCAGAGCAACGGAAUUAUCAGUGCAGAGCAAGGCUAAAUCCACUCCAUCACUAAACAAGGAGAAACAGAAAAUACAUUGAAAUUUGUCAUCCUUCUGAAGUCAAAGAUAAUGAGGGCUUACCAUUGUCUACCACUGAUCAUCUGGACCUACUUGUUCCAUAUAAUUGUUACCAGCCCAUUACAAGAAACAGAUAACAGUCACUUACUGAGAAAAAGGACACUGAAUGUGACUAAAGAUGAUGGUAAAAUACUACAUCGCACCAAGCGUGGCUGGAUGUGGAACCAGUUCUUCUUGUUGGAAGAGUACACAGGUAGUGACACCCAGUAUGUAGGGAAGCUUCACACUGACCAAGAUAAAGGAGAUGGGAAUUUAAAAUACAUUCUGACAGGAGACGGGGCUGGCAAUCUGUUUGUAAUAGAUGAAAAUACAGGAGACAUCCAUGCGGCCAAGAAAUUAGACAGAGAGGAGAAGUCCCUGUAUAUCCUUCGUGCCAAGGCUAUUGACAGAAAGACUGGAAGACAGGUGGAACCAGAGUCAGAAUUUAUCAUUAAAAUUCACGACAUCAAUGACAAUGAGCCCAAAUUCACAAAAGACGUGUACACCGCCAGCAUUCCUGAAAUGUCCGGAGUUGGCACAUCUGUUAUACAAGUGACAGCCACAGACGCUGACGAUGCUAACUAUGGAAACAGUGCCAAAGUGGUCUACAGCAUCUUGCAAGGGCAGCCGUAUUUUUCAGUGGAUCCAGAGUCAGGCAUAAUAAAAACUGCAUUACCAGACAUGAGCAGAGAAAACCGAGAGCAGUACCAAGUGGUUAUUCAAGCCAAAGACAUGGGUGGCCAAAUGGGAGGCCUUUCUGGCACCACCACAGUGAACAUCACUCUCACAGAUGUCAACAACAACCCCCCUCGAUUCCCUCAAAGUACAUAUCAGUUUAAUUCUCCAGAGUCUGCACCUCUGGGAACCCACCUUGGAAGGAUCAAAGCCAACGACCCAGACGUGGGGAAGAACGCUGAGGUGGAGUACAGCAUUGCGGGAGGGGAUGGUGCAGCCCUGUUUGACGUCAUCACUGACAAGGACACCCAGGAAGGGAUUAUCACUGUCAAACAGAAUUUAGAUUUUGAGAAAAAGAUGCUGUAUACUCUAAGAGUGGAUGCAAGUAACACUUACCCUGACCCUCGCUUCAUGAACAUGGGGCCUUUCAGCGACACAGCCACGGUGAAAGUGUCUGUGGAAGACGUAGAUGAGCCCCCUGUGUUCAGUAAGCUCUCCUACCUGAUAGACGUCGACGAGGAUGUCAAAGAGGGCAGCAUCAUCGGACAAGUGACAGCCUAUGACCCCGACGCCAUGAGCAAUCUAAUAAAAUACUCUGUGGAUCGGCACACUGACUUGGACCGGGUUUUCAGUAUCCACUCUGAAAAUGGUUCUAUUUUUACUCUGAAGCCCCUGGACCGGGAAUCAUUCCCUUGGCACAACAUCACCAUUACAGCAGCUGAGAUAAAUAACCCUAAACAGAGUAGCCAAGUUCCCGUAUUCAUCCGAAUACUAGAUAUAAAUGAUCACGCUCCAGAAUUCGCCAUGUACUAUGAGACGUUUGUUUGUGAAAAUGCAAAACCUGGGCAGUUGAUUCAGACCAUCAGUGUAAUGGACAAAGACGAUCCUCCCCGAGGGCACAAGUUCUUCUUUGAACCAGUGCCAGAAUUCACUCUCAACCCAAACUUCACCAUUGUAGACAAUAAAGAUAACACAGCAGGAAUCGUUACUAGAAAAGAUGGUUAUAGCCGCAACAAAAUGAGCACCUACCUGCUUCCAGUUUUAAUCUUCGACAAUGACUACCCCAUCCAAAGCAGCACGGGCACUCUCACGAUCCGCGUGUGCGCCUGCGACAAGCGCGGGAACGCGCAGUCCUGCAGCGCAGAGGCCUUGAUGCUGCCCGCAGGCCUGAGCACCGGCGCGCUGGUGGCCAUUCUGCUGUGUGUCCUCAUCCUGCUGGUUCUGGUCGUGCUGUUUGCCGCUUUGAAGAGGCAGCGCAAAAAGGAGCCCCUGAUCGUUUCCAAGGAUGACGUCCGCGACAACGUGGUGACCUACAAUGACGAGGGCGGGGGAGAGGAGGACACCCAGGCUUUCGACAUCGGCGCGCUGAGGAACCCCGAAGCGAGAGAAGACAGUAAACUGCGAAGGGACGUCAUGCCCGAAACUAUAUUUCAGAUAAGGAGGACUGUGCCCCUGUGGGAAAACAUUGAUGUACAAGAUUUUAUCCAUCGGAGAUUAAAAGAAAAUGACUCGGACCCAAGUGCCCCUCCGUACGACUCGCUGGCUACCUACGCCUACGAGGGCGAGGACUCCGUGGCGGAUUCGCUGAGCUCGCUGGAGUCGGCCGCCAACGACGGCGACCAGGACUACGACUACCUGAGCGACUGGGGACCCCGAUUUAAGAAGCUUGCAGACAUGUACGCGGGGGGUGACAGUGACCGAGACUGAGAGCUGCUGUGACUGCAUCAACUUUAGUGGGAGCUGUCUUUGUUACUAGAUUAAGUGGCCUCUGUUGUCCUCUUUGGGGGAAGGUUUUGAAAACUCAAGAUCACAACAAUACAUAGGUGUUGUCUUAGUAAGGGUUUGCUUCUUCAGUAAGUUGUCGUGAAUGAAUAUGAAUGAUAUAUAUUUUAUCGGAGUAAUAAUAACCAGUUCACCCUGUUUGCCUAAUAAUCUUGGAAGGAAAGUGUAUCACAUCAAUAAUCAAUAAAUACUUUAAAAGGCUUUUUGUGCCUUUUCUUAGGUAUAGGAACUUUAUAAAUGUUUUCUUAACUGACUUACAGUCACAUUUACUAUUAAAUUAAACAUUGUGCAACUGCUUUGUAAGUCAAUAUGAAAAAGAUAUCUCCCUAAAUGAAAUGAGAAUGACUAUUACUGCCAUAUUUAUUUAGUUGAAGGAUGUCUUUGUGUUAAUUCACUCAUAUUUUUAUAAAUGUAUAUUUAUAUUUUUGUAUUUUUAUGAAAUAAACGAGUAUUUAUAAAAUAAAUUUCAUUUUAUUUAAUUCCUAGGAGCUGUUGAUCUCAUUACAACAGAAAUGUUUUACAUCUGUGAGUGUGAAACAUGAUUUACUCAGGGACAAAGCAGCUAAGGAGUCACUGCAUGGGAUGUAGAACUAAAAUGAGGUGGAGCUAUAAAGAGCUGUAGUACAAAAUGUUACUUUUCUGUUUCAAUGACUUACAUAUGGACAAAUGUUUAUUGAACUACUAAUGUCUACUCAUGGAUAGAAUAUGAGAUACAUUUGGAAUAUAACUAUGAUAUAUACAAUAAACCAAGUUUUGGAA